AUGGAGAAACAGCUGGAAGACAUGGAGCAGAAACUGCUAAACUGCCGUCUAGCAGAGAGGGACACCUUCAUCAUCAUCAUCAUCCAGAACGCCAUGAUGGAAGGUCGGAUACAGAAAACUACUUUCCAAGGAGAAGCCACCGUGGAGAGCCUCGACCCGGAUACAGUUACCAGGCUGCUGCACUAUCUGGAGCUUAACAGCCAGGAGCAAGCCUUCACGAUGCUGGUCCUGAAGAAAAAUUUGCGGGUCAGUGAGCGGUUCCCGUAUCCAGUCCGCGUUGAGGCGAUUUUGGAGCUCAUCGAUCAGUUCCCCAAGAGGAAGCUGGAGAAGAUGACCAGAUACGGAGCCAAUUUAAGGUGUAUCACCACUAAAAAGAAGGUUGUCAUGAAAAGAAAAAAGAUUAGAAGGAUGAGGGUGCUGAGCCCUCAGAGGCAAGGAAAUGGGACGUCUUUGGUGGCCUUACCACGAAAACCUCCCAUGGACAAAAAGGCUGCCCUGAAAAGUAAGAUCCAGGACAUACUGAGUGGACGGUCAAGAUUUGUUAUUCGUAAAGCGCCUGCCGCGGGGUCCACAAGGGGAAAGGACUCCAGCAAUGGUGGUCAAACUGUCUCUAACAGACUGGAAAAAGCGAAAGAGAACAGUCCUCCAUCUGUGUCAAAGAGCGAUGAAGAGAGGAAGAAAAACAGUCCUGACCCCAGUGAGGAAGAAGGAAAGAAAACACAUGGAGAGAAAAACGGCGAGGACAAAAAAGAACAAAAUGUAAAGGGCGACUCACAAGAAAAACAGAGCUCUAAGAAAAAGGGCAAAGGAAGAAAAGGAAAGAAAGGAAAAGGAAGAGGGAAGAAGUCAAAUAAAGAAGCCAGUGAGAAGGAUAAGAAAGCCUUGAAGGAGUUUUUGGACAGUUUUAAAGGAACAAGAAGACUGAUGCUGAUCUCAACACCCAGCAGAGACGCGACACUUUACGUCCAGCAGAAAGAAGAAAACGAAAAAUAUUACUGUGACCUCGCGAUCAGGAAGAUCACUGUGGCGACCAUAGUGGAAGGCAGCGACGCCACGCUCACACUGCAACACUACAAGCUCGAGUCCGAGUCUCCACUCACUGACCUAUCCGAGACCUUUGAUUCAGGCCUGAUCUCCCUGUUGAGGGCAGAGCUCAGACUGUCGUCCUCUGACCUCUUUUCCAUGACUGUCACUGAUUACGACAUCAAGUCCAAUAGAGUCUUUGAAGCUCCACCGUCAAGCUCUGCUCUGUUUGAGUACAUAGACAACUUUUCUUCGAGGCACUCAGAAAAAGAAAAGGAGAGAGAGAGUCCACCAGUCUGCUCCAAAGACAAAGAGCCUGAAGAGGAGAAUUCCUUGCUCAGGUUCAUGUCAAAGAGAAGACUGCUGAUCAUCUCUGCUCCCUCUGAGGAUGACUACUCUUUCCAACAGCAGCUCUCUGCUAUCAGGGGACAGGAGUGUCACCUGGGUAUUCGACACUUUGUCAUGUUACAGCUGACUGGAACUGGGGACAAAGCCUCGGGAAAGGUUGAGUUAUUUCCUCUAAAUGGUCGCAGUCAGAGUGAGGUUGAGCCAUUAUCCCGCGUUAUGGUAAACAACAUGAGAGAACAGCUGAAGAUCAGCAAGGAGUACUUCAGCAUGCUGAUUGUGGGCAAAGACGGUGAUGUCAAGACGUGGUUCCCAUCCCCCAUGUGGUCCCUGGAAAACAUUUACGACCUGGUGGACUCCAUGGAGCUUCGUCUGCAUGAGGAGAUGCUGCAGAAGAGACUUGGAAUCCACUGCCCUGAGGACAGGGGAAGAGGAGGCAGCGAGGCAGGACACUAUGGAGGCAGGGUGGAGGAGAGAUACUGA